AUGUGGUGCGGACAAAAUGAAAGUAAGGUGUCGUGCAACAGAAACAGCCACGAUGUACGUAAUCCAUGGGGCAUAACGUUACUGAGCCUCCCAGGUAAAGUCUACGCAAAGGUGUUAGAAGGGAGGUGCAGUGAAAUAGUUGAACUCAAGAUCCAAGAAGAGCAGUGCGGCUUCCGGACCGGUCGAAGCAUCUCUGACUAUAUAUUUGCCCUGUGCCAGAUUGUUGAGAAAUCGUGGGAGUACGCCCAGCCGGUGUGCAUGUGUUUUGUGGACCUAGAUAAAGCGUAUGAUCGGAUCGUGGUGGCGGCGGCGGUGACAACUUGCGUGACACUGAACGAAACCGCGAAUACGCAUCGAGACGGUGCCAGUCAUCAACCAGAUUUGAGGGUUAGGUUAGACAGUAACUGCCCCCUCCGAUUCAUCUUUUUCACUCAAGCACGGAAACGUCAGAAAACCAAAAGAAUUCGCAAGUUCAUGGGUGUUCGACUGAAUGGCUGUUUUGCGGCGGCGUGCAGGACACGACGAAAAGCGACCGUUUUUAACACGCGCAUGUUAACCGUCGACAAUAAGUUGGACAUCCAAAUACUCACAUGUCGCGACACUGAUUUCAGUCUGGUUCUUUCGGCAUUUCACGUUCACGACUUUCGGCGCUUUGCAGAGCGUAUGCUUCAUGUCCGCUGGGGCGCCGACUCGGUUUUGCUAUAA